UUGUGUUAAAGAGAGACAUACAGCAACAGCUCCUUCCUACCCCUUUUUCCUACCUCUGCUUUCUGUUCUAUCUUUUCUGCUUGCAACAUGUCUGGGUUAUCAGCAUAUAAAAAGAUGAACAAAAAUGACCUAACUGCUGAGUGCGCAGGAAGAGGAAUUGACAUUAAUGGCAAAAAUCGUGAAGGCUUGAUACAUGCCCUACAGGAGUUUGAUAUCCAGGCAAACCAGAACCUGGAGGGAACCGGACCAGAAAGGGGUUCCGCUACUCCAGAGCCCAGUGGUUCAGAGGCGGCCUCACCGGAUAGGCCAGCAGAGACUGACACUGGAAUACCACGGAUUGUUAUCCCCAAGCCACCGCAUGAGCAGGCCAACACCCCAUUGCUUGCAACCAGCAUGGACUCUCCUCAAAUGCAGGAAACGCUACAACGCCUCAGGGAAACGGAUCCUGUGGUGUACCUGCAGUUUCUCGAGCGUCAGGCUGAGAGAGAGGAGCGCAGGGCUGAGAGGGAGGCUGCGCAGAGGGAAGCUGAUCGUCGACACGAACUGGAGAUGACUAGGCUCCAGCAGCAGCGACAGGUUCAGAACCCCGGAUCCCUAGAGCACAGGGAUGCCGCUCUGCCAGUAGCUCCGGCAGCCAAAUUUCCUGUUAUGGAAAAGGACAGUGACAUUGACGUGUAUCUACUGUCGUUUGAAAAAACUUGCCGUCAGUACCAUCUGCCCCCAGCACAAUGGGCCUGGUACCUGACGCCAGGGCUACGAGGCAAGGCCCUGGAUGCUUAUGUUGAACUGUCUGAAGAGCAGGGCAAUGAUUAUGAGGCCCUAAAGGCUGCGAUCAUCCAAAAGUUUCAGCUAACCCCGGAAGUUUACCGGAAGCGUUUUAGGUCCUUGCAAAAAGGGCCUGGGGACUCAUACCUGGAUGUGGAAAGUCGCUUACGCACCACAUUCCGGCAGUGGACUAAAGGCUUGAAAGCUGAUUCUUUUGAGUCCCUGGAAGAUCUUAUGAUUGAAGAUCAACUUUUGCACAUCUGUCCUACAGAUGUCAGACAGUUUGUGCUGGAGCGAAAGCCAAACUCGGCUAAAGUAGCAGCAGAACUGGCAGAUACCUAUAUCCACUCUCGGGUAUCUGACCAUCGCAAGGCUCCUCCGAACGGCUGGAAAGGAGGGAAAUCUCACAUGGCAACCCCUCCUCCACCUGCCAACCAAGUCCCUCAGCAGAUGGAACCUGCAGUUCCUGGUGCCAAGGCAUUCCUGACUAAUAAUCGCACAUGCUACACCUGCGGGAAAGCCGGACAUCUCAAGGCACAGUGCCCUGAGCAGAAGAAGCUGACAUCACCUGGCCAUCCGGCCAGCAACCCUUCUGCUGUACUGUUCGUCAGUGGGAAACCUCCAGGAACCAAUGCCAACUUGCAGCCUGUCACCGUAGGCCACCGGACUGUAAUAGGGUUGCGUGACACUGGAGCAGAAGUUACGUUGGUCAGACCAGAGGUGAUAGAAGAAACAGACAUCAUCCCAGAGAAGUUUCUUACCCUCACUGGACUGGGGGGAACCCUUUCCUGUGUGCCCCGUGCCUAUGUUUUCAUCGAUUGGGGUGCUGGGAGUGGGAGGAGAGAGGUGGGCGUCUCAGAGGAGAUCCCUACUGCUGUGUUGUUGGGUGCUGAUUUAGGUACCCUUGUUUCUUACUACGUCCCUGCUAAGAGCACCCAGGAUGCUCCCACGGAACUCUCUGGACCUACCAAGGUACUGUGUACAGAUGUUGGGGUAAUAUCUGGGCAACCUGUGGAUGGACAGAGGGAGGGGGAGGGUGAAGUUGAAGUGCAAGGUCCUCCUUAUUCAGAAACAGGAGAGGAGACCCCCUUGCUUGGGAAGGUAACUGAUACAGGUUCCAAUGAUGCUGCAAUGAUAAGUGUUAAAUGUGAUGAUGCUGAUGUUGAUGUUGAUGAUAAUGCAUUGCCAGUUUUAGUGGUCACUCGCAGUGCUGCCAAGGCGGCCGAGGUGCAGGCCCUGAUCGCAGAACAGCAGGAGGAGGUCUCUGGGCUCUCUCCCUGUUCUGACCCAGCGGACUCCACCUCUGUUGAGCCUCAGCAGCCGUCCUUGUUUGCCACAGGACUGCUGGCUGGGACUUGUGGUACCGCCUUUGAAACAGCACUGCAGACAGACCAAACACUAGCACAGCUCAGGAGUUCAGCUGAUCGCCCCCCUGCAGAGAAUUGCAAACAAAAGCUCUACUGGGAGAAAGGGAAACUGUACAGAGAAGGUUUGCCUGCAGAGGGGAAUGAAUCUGACACAAGAAGCAGGCAGCUAGUUGUACCCAGUCAAUUUAGGGGACAGCUGCUAAAAGUGGCUCAUGAGAUUCCCCUAGCAGGGCACUUGGGAAUUACUAAGACCCGAGGGCGGUUGAUACAUAACUUUUAUUGGCCUACGAUGCUCACUGACAUAGCUGACUACUGUCGGUCCUGUGUUACCUGCCAGCGAGUUGGCAAGGUAGGGGAUGUACAGCGGGCUCCGCUAAAACCUUUGCCUGUGAUUGACGAACCUUUUAAGAGGGUGGCGGUGGAUAUCAUUGGGCCUUUGGCCAUCCCUAGCAGUUCAGGCAAACGUUUUAUCCUGACAGUUGUCGACUAUGCCACACGGUAUCCAGAGGCAGUGGCUCUCUCCUGCCUCCGGACAGACAAGGUUGCUGAUGCUCUGCUGGGAAUCUUCACAAGAGUGGGGUUCCCAGCCGAACUCAUUAGCGAUCAAGGACCUCAGUUUAUGUCUGACUUGAUGCAAGCUCUCUGUCUGAAAAUACAGAUGACGCAUAUCAUGGCCAGUGCUUAUCAUCCACAAACCAACGGCUUGUGUGAGCGUUUCAAUGGCACCCUGAAACAAAUGUUGUGCACCUUUGUGCACUCCCAGGGCAAGGACUGGGAACGAUAUCUGCCUCAUCUGCUGUUUGCUUACAGAGAGGUGCCUCAGGAGUCCACAGGCUUUUCGCCGUUUGAACUUCUGUAUGGACGGAGGAGAUAA